AAGAAAGGGAAGCAAAAGAAAAAAGAAAAAAAGUUUAGUUGUUUGUUCCAAUCGUAAUGCGGAGUAGGUGAGCCAACCUAAAUAUCCCUACUUUCCCACGGCUGAAACUGUUGCGGUGGGAUUUUGCGAAGAUUUGAUAUAAACACAAACACUUGGUGUUGGAAUGCCCUAAUGCAACUGGGGAUCUGACAGGUUGGUGAGUUUUGGCGAUGGCUUUUGCGGUUGCGCCUAAGAUAAUUUCGCUCUCACUUCUUAACCGAGCAAGGAAAGAGGAUUUUGGAGCAGGGUUUGGGAGAAGGGAUUUUGGGGUAACGGAUCGCCAUGGUAUCCUGACCAUGAAGUGUGCUAUCGAGCGAAGCAGCAACGGCAGCGAUGGAAAGAAAGGAGGCGUAUCUAAUUCGAAUUACGUGGUGCCGCUGGACAAUUCCUCUCCUUUCUCCAACUCAUCCUGCAUAACUCGUCCUUUGGCAGAGAUACUCCGAGACCUCAAUAAAAGAAUCCCCGAUACUAUCGUCAAAGGUCAUGUCCCUGGCGAUCCCUCUGCUUCCACCUUCAUUCCCUGGUAUCAUGCCAACAGGAUGCUGAGCUUCUACGCCCCAGGAUGGUGUGGCGAGAUACGUGAUGUCAUUUUCUCUGACAAUGGAAGUGUAACCGUGGUAUAUCGUCUUACUGUACGUGGAUCUGAUGGAGAGGCAUAUCGUGAAUCAACUGGGACGAUUUCACCCAGUCAUGGCUCCAUAGGCGAUCCAGUUUCAGCUGCUGAGGAAAUUGCUUUCUGCAAAGCUUGUGCCCGGUUUGGUCUUGGCUUGUAUUUAUAUCAUGAAGAUUAAACGACAAAUUCUAAGCUUCCAAAUUUUUGUUUUGGUUGGAUAUUUUGUUGUAUUGGUAUCUUCUCAUUAAUGUGAAUACAAGUAGACGACUAUAGGUGGAAAAAACUCGAAGCCAUAUCUUUGUUGGUAUGGGGAUACAAAUGCUUAUGGGAAAUCAAGUUUCUUUUAUUGUUAAGGUACAUUUAUUAUGGCUUUAA